CACUGCAACGAGUAUUCAUUCAGUCGCAACAAAGGUUUAAUUGCGAGGAAUAAAAUUUCAAAAAUGAAACUUUACGCUGCUAUUUUACUGUGCUGUGUGGCCUACGUGUCCGCCGCAUCGAUCGAAGUUGCCGGAGGCGCCGACGCGAAAACGCUCUUCCCCUCCUGCAAGUCAUCCGAUCAAGGGAAACGUUACUCGAUCUUUUUCAACGUGCAUUCCUACCGCGAGUGCACGGCGAAAGGUCUGAAAACAUUCGCCUGUGAGGACAAUCUCUACUUCACCGAGAAAUGCCAGGUUUGCGUAUCUGUCUGGGACUACGUUUUCAGAAAGUGCCCACCUGCCCCUCAACCAGAACCCGAGGAACCAGAAACUGAGCCUGAAGCAUCUUCCGAGUCGGAAGAGGAAACCCCAGUCAUCGAAGAGUCUGUGGAAGAAGUCCCAGAAUCUGAAGAGGUCGUGACGGAAGGUCCGGUUGAAGAAUCAGAGGAGGAAGCCACCGAAGCCCCAACGGAAGAAACCCCAGUCGUCGAAGAGUCGGAAGAAGUCCCAGAAUCCGAAGAGGUCGUGACCGAAGGUCCAGGAUCGGAGGAGGAAGUCACCGAAGUCCCAACGGAAGAACCCGUCGUCGAGGAAUCUGAGGAACCUGCGUCCGACGAAUCUACUGAAAUCCCGACUGAAGACCCAGAACCCGAACCGACCGACGCCCCUGCUCCGGAAUCAUCCGAAUCGUCCGAAGAAGAGGUUCCGGAACCUGAGCCGACCGAGGCUCCUGUUACCGAAGCCCCUCAGCCGAAGGACUGCACUUCCAUCGUGUGCAAUCCCAACGAUCGCGAAGACAUGUACCACGCUCACCCCUCGGAUUGUGGGAAAUGGUGUCAGUGCGACAACUUCAAACCGGUUGAGAAAUUGUGCCCGGGCGGACUUCAUUUCAAUACUGCGGUCAAUGUUUGCGACUGGCCAGCCGCUGCUAACUGUCAAGUUGGUAAAUAAUUUGUAGUUCGUAUUAAUUUGUCUUGAUGUAUCUCUAUCUCUCAAGGAAAAAUGUACAAGGAAUUAAUGUAAAAAACUCUGUAGUUAAUUAAAUCUCAUUUCCUAUAUAUAAAAUUUUGUUCUUCUUGAUUGCAUUCCCGCCUUCAUAAAUACGACAAACGGUAAUAAAUUGGUUGAUUUUCUAUUGCAUGAAAA